AUGCUCGGCCCCGCGGAAAAGGAGGUGGCCCACGACGGGCACCGGCCGACGCUGCGCGAAAUGACCUCCCCGUCCCUGGCCCGCGGCAACUCGGCCGUGUCGGCGUCCGGCAGCGGCGGGGUCGCGCGGUCCGUGUCGCGGAUCCGGUCCCGGCCGGUGCCCCGGUUCACGCACCCGCUGGCCCACGUGCCGACGACGGCGGGCGAGCUCGUCGACUUUGACGGGCGCGACGACCCCUACCACCCGCUCAACUGGGCGCGCCGCAAAAAGGUGGCCACGACGCUGCUCUACGGCCUCGUCACCAUGACGGCCACCUGGGCCUCGUCGGCCUACUCGGCCGGCACCGCGCAGAUUGCCCGCGAGUUUGACGUCGGCCCCCAGGUCGUCACGCUCGGCACCACGCUCUUCCUGCUCGGCUUCGGGCUCGGGCCCUUGCUGUGGGCGCCCCUGAGCGAGGUCUACGGCCGCCGCCUGGCCGUCAUGUUGCCCAUGGCUGUCGCCGUCUGCUUCAGCUUCGGCAGCGCCGCCGCCAAGGACCUGCAGACGCUCAUGGUCACCCGCUUCUUUGGCGCCUUCUUCGCCUCGGCCCCCGUCACCAACACAGGCGGGGUGCUCGGCGACUUGUUCUCGCCCGCCUGGCGCGGCGUCGCCAUGGCCGGCUAUGCCAUGGCCGUCGUGGGGGGGCCUGUCUUGGGCCCGAUUGUAUCGGCGGCCCUGGUCCAGGCCCCCUCGCUGGGCUGGCGCUGGACCGAGUACGUGACGGGCAUGCUGCAGGCCGCCGUGCUCGUCGUCGCCGUCGUCUUCAUCGACGAGAGCUACCCGCCCAAGCUGCUCGUCUACAAGGCCCGCCGCCUGCGCCACGAAUCGGGCAACUGGGCGCUGCACGCAAAGUUCGAGGAGUGGGACGUCAGCGUCGCCCAGCUGGCCCGCAAGUUCCUGCUGCGGCCCGUCGAGCUGCUGUGCACCCCCAUCUGCUUCCUCGUCGCCCUCUACGCCAGCUUCUGCUACGGCAUCCUGUACAUGCAGCUCGGCGCCAUCCCCAUCGUCUUUGGCGAGCUACGCGGCUGGGCCCCCUUGGUCGCCGUGCUGCCCUUUCUGUGCAUCCUCGUCGGCGCCGUCCUCGGCUGCGCCCUCAACGUCUACAACCAGCUGCUCUACAACAAGGCCUACCACGCCGCCGGCGACCGCGCCGUCCCCGAGAAGCGCCUGCCGCCCAUGAUGCUCGGCUCCGUCCUCUUCAGCGCCGGCCAGUUCCUGACGGGCUGGACCGCCGGCCCGGGCGUCCACUGGAUGGCCCCCUGCAUCGGGCUCGUCAUGCUGGGCACGGGCUUCUUCACCAUUUUCCAGGCCGCCCUCAACUAUCUCGUCGACACCUUCCAGACCUACGCCGCCUCGGCCGUCGCCGCCAACACGUUUCUGCGCUCGUGCUUCGCCGGCGCCUUUCCGCUCGUCGUGGGCCCUCUGUACCACAACGUCGGCGUCGGGCACGGCUCGAGCAUCACGGGGGGGCUCGCGGCCCUGCUGAUACCUGUUCCCUUUGUCUUCUAUGUCUUUGGGAGGAGGAUACGGAUGAGGCAUCAUGCGCCGCUCGACAGCCACGAGCCCAAGGCACGCCCCGUCACGAGCUCGCCGCACAAGGGCCACAAGAACAAGGCCUACCGCUACGGCAGCCGACGCCACGGCGGCGGCGGCGCCAGCAGCUGGAUCGGAGGAGGCGCCAUGUUUGGCGGCGGCAUGGCGGGCACGGACGGAGGAGGCGCGUCGGGAUGUGCAGGAGACGGCGGCGGCGGGGGUGGAUGCGGCGGAGGCUGA